CAAGUUUGUACGAUGGAAGGUGAUACAUUAUUCAAUGAAGCUCGAGAACUUGAAAAAAGAUUUCUUCAAUACAAACAAUUUUGGGAUAAUUUAAUGCAGCAAUCAAAUUUACUGGAUAAAGAAAAGUUGUUGCUGUGUAAUCAAUUAUCAAAAUUGAAUUUCAAAAUAAACAAUUUACAAAUAAACAAAUCCCAUCUUGACGAACUAAAGUGUAAAUUAGAAAUGGAUGUGGAAGAAUUAUCUGAAAAAAGUAAACAAUAUGAAUUUUUAAAAACCCAUCUUGAAGUUCUAAAUCAACGCAAAGAUCAAUUGGAAAAAUACUCAUUAACAAAAGGAUUGGAAUUUGAAGAAAAUAUGUUAGAAGAUAAAAUAGAUAAUGUAUGGAAGUAUUUCAACGAUAAGGAUUCUAAAUUGGAUGAUGAAAUUAAAGAACUAGAAUUGAAAUUGGCUAAUCGCCAGGAGAUGGUAUCUAAAAUGUUUGAGAAAGAGUGUAACCAGUACAAGAAAUCUAUAGAGAAACUUAACGAUGAAAACACUGUAUUAAAUAAAAAGUUAAGCUUGAUUAGUAAGAUCAGAGAAGACUCAAAAGUAUAA